AUGAACUCCAUCAAGCGCCAGAAGCAGCGCAAGGUGCUGCUGAUGGGCAAGAGCGGGGCGGGCAAGUCGUCGAUGAGGAGCAUCGUCUUCAGCAACUACGUAGCCAAAGAUGUCCGCCGCCUAGGAGCGACCAUCGACGUCGAGCACAGUAAUAUUAAAUUCAUGGGAAACCUCAUGCUGAAUCUUUGGGAUUGCGGAGGUCAGGACGGCUUCGUCGAGAAUUACCUCAACCAGUCGCGAACCCACGUCUUCGGCUCCGUAGCAGUUCUUAUCUUCGUCUUCGAUAUCGAAUCCCGCGAAUUCGCAGCCGAUGUCGUCUCCUACUCCAACAUCAUCCGUGCUCUUCACGAAUGCAGUCCCAGUGCCAAGGUCUUCUGUCUCAUACACAAAAUGGACCUCGUACAAGCACGUCUACGGCAAGCCAUGUUCGACGAGCGCGCAGAGUAUAUCAGGGAGGCCAGCGAGGGCUUCAAGGAUACGGUCGAGUUCUUCGCAACAAGCAUUUGGGACCAGAGCUUAUACAAGGCAUGGACGAAGAUUAUUUACUACUUGAUACCCAAUGCGGGCACAAUUGAAGCGCUUCUAGAACAGUUGGCCGAGGUUAUCGAUGCGAGAGAACUGAUCUUGUACGAGCGGACGACUUGUCUUACAGUCGCGCACGUUACGCGGCAGACUGAAGAAGGGAAUCCUUUCACUGACCGCUUCGAGCGCAUUUCAAGCAUUCUCAAGACACACAAGCAAAGCAUGGCAAAACAUACAAACAUACCCGCUGGCAGCGCCAACUUCGCCGAAAUGCAAAUAAAGACUGGUCGCUUCAUGUUCUUCAUCACACGUCUGACCGAAAACACCAACCUCGCCGUUGCGAUACCGCCCUCAGAGCAGGUAUUCAACGCCGCACGCGUCAAUAUCUUCCAAGUGCGACCGAAGUUUGCCGAACUCGAUAUUGCGGCCAAACCCAGGCCUCCGAUCCAGCAGGCGUUUGCUGGAUCUGCGGAUACAAGUGGUGAUAUGUGGAAGGGCAAAGAAACCGCGAUGCACUGA